GCCCGAUGAUGCUUUUCGCCAUCGCCUCCAGCCUCUGCGCCGCUGCCUCUGCGUCGCUGCUCCCUUCGAGCGGGCCGCGUCUGCGUAGCUUAUCACCUCGGGUUCGCGCCGCGCCGAUCAUGCAGGUUGCCGGUGCGGAGCUCACGCUCGAGCGCUGGCUGAGCGACUGCGGAGCGUCCGAGUCGCUCAGCGAGGUGGUGCUCGCUCUCGGCGGCGCGUGUAUGGACGUGGCGGAGCGCGUGCGCACCGCGUCGUGCGACUCGUACUCGUGCUUCAACGAGCACCACAGCGACGAGCGGAUGAGCGGCGUCGCCAUCGACCUCGUCGCCGAGCAGCUGAUGGUCGACGCGCUGCGGGGCACGGGCUGCGUCGCCGCCGUCUCGACGCCGCUCGACCCGCUCGGCUGCCUCGACCCGGCCGGGCAGUACUCGGAGGACGUCGACCUCGUGCAGCAGCGGCAGCGUCGCGAGCGCCUCUCGGGAAGCGUGCCUGCCGCCGUCCCCGCAGACCUCGGCGUGCUGUCGGCGAGCGUCGACCCCCUCCACGGCUCGUCAAUCAUCGACACAAACUUCGCGGUGGGGUCGCUCUUCGGGGUGUGGCGCGCGCCGUCGCUGCUCAACGUGACCGGCGAGUCGCUGCUCGCCGCGGGCGCGUGCAUCUACGGCCCGCGGACCACACUCGCCGUCGCUCUCGCCGGCUCGGGCGGCGUCGCGGAGUUUCUGCUCGUCCCCGGCGAUCGGGCGGGCGGCGGCGGCGCGCGCUGGCUGCUCGCAAACCGGUACACGUCCCUCGGCGAGGGGGCACUCUUCGCCCCCGGCAACUUGCGCGCCGUCACCGAACACCCCGGCUACGCCUCCCUGAUCGCGUACUGGCACGAGAACCGGUACCAGCUGCGCUACACGGGCGGCAUGGUCUCGGACGUGAUGCAGCUCAUUGUCAAGGGGAAAGGCGCCCCCCCCCCCGCCCUGGCGGCGGUCACCUGUUUCUCGGCGGCCUCUCUCGCAUGA